AUGGAUAAAGAACUCUCUACAACGGCUGCCCAUACUGCUGAUAAGAUGAAUACAUGCCUCACUACACAGCACGGGGUGCGGUUUGAUUUCAGUGAAGAGAAGGCGGAGUUCAAUCAAUAUUGGUACUCCACACACACCAUACACACCUUGUUGGAUGAAGUCCGGCAACACGCCACGGCUUGUGCCUUCUUGUCCACACCAUCACUCUACUUUGCACUAGUGGCAGAUAAUAAUAAUAAUAAUAAUGAUAAUAAUAAUAUGGUUAAGGAUGGAGAAUCCACAUCUCCAUCCACUACUACUACUACUACCUCUUCAUCUUCAUCAUCAUUACUUCCAUCUGAACAGUUAAAGAAAAAUAGUCGUCUAUUUGAGUUUGACCGUCAGUGGGAGAAGGAGCCUGGAUUUGUUCGUUAUGAUUUCCACAAACCUGAACAGGUGCCUGUGCAGUAUCUCGCAGCGUUUGAUUACAUCUUGGCAGACCCGCCAUUCAUCACCGAAGAUGUAUGGGCUGCAUACAUUCAAACCGCAAAGUUGCUGCUUAAGCCUGGCGGUAAGUUGCUCUUCACAACUGUAUUGGAAAAUCACACCAUGUUGGAAUCCUUAUUGGAUGCCCCACUCUUCAUUGCCCCAUUUCGCCCCGCUAUUGCCAAUCUCACUUAUCAGUAUGUGUGUUUCACUAACUACAGACCCACACGUCUUGUUUGUUUAAAUGCUGAACUCCCCGCAGAGGAUGUGAAGAUCAUGGCGGCUAUUCAAAUGGCCAAUGAUUUGCGGGAAUCGGAGCAGCAGUUCACCGCACAAAUGCGAGAACGCAAUCGGAAAGGUGAAAAACCACUUCCCACCCUCAUGCACCGUGGGAAUGAGAAUAACAAUAAUAAUACUAAUACUGAUAAUAAUAAUAAUACUGAUAACGCUGGGGAGUUCCCACUUGCAGCCAUGAAAUGGGGUUACAUACCAGAAGGACUCACUAUGUAUACAAAUGGGGCUGAAAUGCCACCAGCAGAUGGUGGGAAUAACAACACAUGUGACUAUGGUGAUACUUAUCGCGAAGUACAAACAUUACGGGAGACAUUGGAUAACUUCAAACGCAAUAUUGACCUUGCACAGAAACAUCUAGAUGUGCUCUUGCGGUUAGAACAAAAACGUAGUAAACAAGAACAGAGCGAAACAGAAACAACAACAACAACAACAUCAUCAUCAUCAUCAUCAUUAGAGGCUACAGAGACGGCUCUAGUGGCAGGAAGAAAACAACUGCAAGAGACGCUUGAGAGUAUGCGUGGUUUAAUUAAUACUGUGGAGAUGAGUGAGUCUCGCGUGGCUGCAGCUGAUGGGACUCGACCAGUGACAACAUAUAUUGUUUCCAUGAAGGAGUGUGUGGAGGCGUAUGCGACUGUUCCUGUGCGGAAACAGGAACUGAAUGAGUUAGCCGCAGAUGCCACCCGCAAGUACAAGUCUCCGGUAUUUAACAGAAUGAAGGAACUUCUGCAGCGAAUGAAGGAUAUAAAGAAACAAUAUCAACAACAACAACAACAGCAGCAACAGCAACAACAAGGAGAAGAAAAUAGGGGAGAGGGAUCUACAGAGCCCACGUUGGUUUCGUCUUGA